GCCCGCGGGACGGCACUGGUGCCGAGUGGUGCCGCGUGGUGCCGUGUUGUGCCGGAGACAUGGGCGGGACGGUGUGCGAUGUGGUGUGGGUCGUGGUGACGGUGGUGCUACUCGUACGCCCGUGUCUGGCUCAGUCAGUGUUUGGCCAGAGCAUGGCGCGGCCGGAGCUGGAGCCGGACGUUGAGCAGAUGGUGCUGCAGCCGGAGGAUACCCUGAGGGUCACCUGCCGCGCCGACCGACCCGUCACCUGGGAGACGACGUCACUGGCCAGGGAUAUCAGCCAGAGGGUCACCAUAGUCAGUGGAUCUGAAACGACCGGUGCCUACACGCACGCAGCGCAUUUAGUGAUACAAGACGUUUCAUAUUUAGACGUGGGCUAUCAAACGUGUCGAUUCGCUGGUGCCUCGGAGGUAGACCAGGCAGCAUCGGUGUAUCUCUUCGUUAACGACUCGAAAAAUCUGCUGGUGUGGCAGGGCAGCUUCAUGUCGGUGACCCUGAGCCAGAAUCAGCGCGGAGUCAUCCCGUGUCGGCCCAGCCACCCGGGGGUGCGGGUCUCGCUGUCCCGGCUCUCCUCCCCACAGAUGACCUUUGACCCCGUGGAGGGGUUCGUCGUACCGUCUCCAUCCCUGUUUGACGCCGGCCAGGCGAUGUGCACCGCCCGGCAAGGUGGCGUGGUGCAGAGACUGCAGGUGUUCGUGGUCUUUAACCCGGCCACUGAGUCGGUGCACCAGCCCAGCAUUGACGUGUCCGACGCGAGACGGAACGCCGUCGUUGGCUACAACUUCAGUCUGAAGUGCUAUGUGCACCAGGAGGCCGGGCAGAAGCUCAGCUUUUUCUGGGACGUGCCGCCAGCCAGCACCGGGCUCAAGACGGGCCGUAUCAUUGUGAGACCGCCUCGGAAGACGACCACCACCGGCUUCACCAGCGAGCUGGCGGUGACGGACGCCCGGCCGGAGGACACUGGGGGCUACACGUGCCGCGUGGAGGACCACAACGGACACACCAACAAUCGCUCUGUCCGGGUCACCGUUCACAGUCCGAACGUGUCCAGCGUCAACCUUCAGACGGACGUGCAGGCCUUCUCGUUGCGUCUGGGCGACUCUGUCAAAAUAGUGGUGAACGUCGAGGCGCGCCCGGCCCCGGUGAUAACGUGGUUCGACCCGGACGACGCCGUCAUCAUCACCGAUCCCCAGAAGUACGAAGUAUCUCACACUACCGAGCAGACGAUCCUGAAGAUCCUGGAUCUGCGUCUGGAAGACAUGGGCCAGUACCGCGUGGAGGCGAUGGCGAGCAGCAACACCAGCUCGGACUUUGACGAGCUCAUCUUCAACGUCACCGUGAACGCUGAGGCGGAGGUGCGCCUGGACGCCAGUGAGGGGUACUACCUGGCCGGCGAGAGGUACCAGCUGCGGUGUACCGCCACCGGGUACCCCACGCCCAGCCUCGAGUGGCGCUUCGAGGCCUGCAACUCGAGCCUCUCCUGUCCGCCCGACUUCCCUCUGCCAACGGUGACGCUGGCCAACGACGAGCAGGAGACCCAGCUGGAGUCGAAGCCGUUCCUGGUGCAGAGCGACCUCACCCUCACCGCCAACCUCUCCGGCGUCUACUGGUGCUACGCCAAUAACAGCGAGUCUAACGUCCCGGCGGUGGCUGAGCAUCGCUUCUUCGUCUCAGACAUUCCCCGUGGUUUCGGCAUCCUGAGGAGCAAUUCGACCAUCAUCGAGGGCGACAACGUGACGCUCUCCUGCGGCGGGAGCACGCUCGACUUCCCGAGUCCCUCCAGCUUCGAGUGGCAGUGGUCCCGCUCCGAAACGGCGAGACCGGUGCCCGUCACGGACCUACCAGGGGUGCGGCUGGUGGACCGGAGCACCGGGUACUCCCACCGGAGGGUGCUACUGCUGGAGCCCGUCCAGAUGACACACGCCGGCCUCUUCAUGUGCUCCGGGACGGACGUGCACGGCGUCCAGCAGCGCUCUAAUACAAUGCUGGGUGUCACUGCCUCCCAGAAGCCGGUGUUUACGUCUGAGGCCAACAUGGACAAGUCAGCGAGUCUUGAGCUGGAGGAGGGUGACCGGGCGGUGUUCAACUGCACCGUCUCGGGUAGACCGGCGCCCACCAUCACAUGGACAAAGGACGGCGCGCCUCUGCUGCUGGAGGACAACACCCGACGAAUUCGACUGCUGUCGGGUGGCCAGCGUCUGGUGAUCGGCACAGUGCUCAGCAGCGACGCCGGCAACUACGAGUGCCGCGCCGCCAACCGGCAGGGCACCGUGUGGGGCUCUGCCGAGCUGUUGGUGCCCGACGAGGACACCGUCACCAGGGUGGUGGUGCCCGUGGUGGUGCUGCUCAGUCUGAUGCUGGUCGCGCUGAUCGCCUGUCUGGCCUGGAAGUGUCGCCAGCAGCAGGGUCUACAAAAGCGGCUGACCCGGCUGGAGCUGGAGGCGUUCCACAAAGGGCGUCCCGAGCAGAUCAACCCGGACCUGCCGAUUGACGAGCAGGCCGAGCUGCUGCCUUAUGAAGAGGACGAGUGGGAGUUCCCCAAGGACCGGCUCAUUCUCGGUCGUCAGAUCGGCUCGGGCGCGUUCGGCCGAGUGGUCAAGGCGGACGCCAUCGGUCUGACCGCCGACCAGCAGCGCACCACGGUGGCCGUCAAAAUGCCAAAGUCCGGCUCCGAUCCCGACCAGAUCCGCUCGCUCAUGUCCGAACUGAAGAUCAUGAUCCAGCUGGGGAAGCACCUGAACGUGGUGAACCUUCUGGGAGCCGUCACCAAACACGCGGCGCAGG